UCUAGAUGAUUCUUAAGUGAGAUCUCAUCCAACUACACUAUGUAAGACAUAACUUCAGUAAAUUACAAGGUAGUUACCAAGUAGUUACCCAUCAUAAGUUUGAAGUUAUGGACUACAUCAACUAAUCAAAGUCAAUAUUCUCCUAUUUAAUAAUUCCAGUAGUUAUAAAAUAUUUUCUUAGUUUUAUAUAUCUACUCACUAUCCCCCUUCAUAAGGUCAAUUUACUCUCAAAAGAGAGGCCCUCAGCACUACUCUUUCAUUCAAUUUCUGGGCAACUUCCUAAAAUGGAAUACGGCAAAUCUCAGACCGGCUUCCACCAGUCACGGUCCCUGUCGGUUACGGCAUCGAAGAAUCCCCGCCCGGUACCGUAAAGAGAAUCCGGGGAAACGACGCCUAUCUACUACAUCACCAAAUUACCAGAGUGUCAUUAUCCAAUGUAGACUUUAGCAGGUUCAAUCGCUUUCUGCUUAGAUCGUACUGUUAUCGCAUGUAUUAAGCUACUUCGUGUCCGUCUACUGUGGUCGCAAUGUUAGAAAGAUCGCGGCCUGCGAAUGGCCACCGAUGGAUGUUGCUGCUCGUCGGUACCGUGAGUGGGCUGGCGAACGCGGUGUAUGGUCAAGCUCCACCUACCGCAUAUUUGCAGACACCAUCCGCCCAGCAGCUCGAAUGGCAUCGGCUGGAAUACUACGCAUUCGUCCACUUCGGGCCUAAUACCUUCACGGACGAGGAAUGGGGACGAAGUCAGAGCACCCCCGUCGUCUUUAGCCCGACGGCUCUGGACACGGAUCAGUGGGCUAAGUCCUUUGCGGAUGCUGGUAUGGCGGGGAUGAUCCUAACAGCAAAGCACCAUGAUGGCAUGGCGCUAUGGGAUACGAAUACGACCACGUAUAAGAUUGGCAAUGGAGACUGGGCAAAGGAUCGCGCGGAAAAACAUCUCAACGCGGAUGUCGUACAGUUAGCGGCCGCUUCUGCGAAGAAAUAUGGUAUCAAGUUCGGCAUUUAUCUGUCGCCGUGGGAUAUACACCGUGAUCCAGCUAUGCCGAAGCCCAACCUAACUGGUACCUUGUAUGAUGAGCCGCAGAUUUUUGGCGAUGCUAACGCUGGCGAUUAUAAUCAGCUUUAUUCUCAGCAACUAACAGAAUUGGUUACGAUGCGGCUGAGCAACGGCUCGACUAUUCAGUUAUCAGAGUUAUGGCUCGAUGGGAACAGCGGCUCCGACACUGUGCAGACGUUUAACUGGACGGGUUUCCGCAAUAUCAUUCGUGUGAAUCAGCCAGGCGCAAUCAUGUGGGGUCACCAGGGCGUGGAUGCUCGAUGGGUUGGUAAUGAGGAUGGAGUGACGGUGGAGACGAAUUGGCAUACGAUCAGCAGGACUCAGGAUCAGCCGCAUUAUUCAGGCGAGCAGCUGCAAACGGGCGUACGAGAUGGUACCUAUUGGACCCCAGCGGAAGCAGACGCGCGCAUACGAGACGGCUGGUUCUAUCAUUCCAACGAGAAGCCAAAGACAGCCGAUGCCCUGAUGAACAUGUAUCUGCAGUCGGUAGGUCGAAGCGUAAACCUUCUGCUCGACGUCCCGCCCGAUACGACGGGACAGAUUCCCAAGGGUGACGUAGACAUUCUGCUGCAAUUUAAAGCCCAACGUGACGCGUUUCUCGACCGCGAGCUGCUUAGACCGGGGCUUGCAGUAAACGCAAGCAGCAUCCGUGAUGGUAACGCUACGCUCUACGGUCCAGCCAACGUGCUCGACGGCAACAAAGAUACGUAUUGGGCACUUAACGACGAAGAGAAAACGGGAUGGCUGGAAGUCGAUCUAGGCGGGACCUACGCUAUAGACGCUUUCAUUGCACAGGAGCAUAUUGCCUUGGGCCAGAGGAUCGGUGGGUAUACGAUUGAGGCUGUCGUAAACGGCGUUUAUAAGACGCUUGUGACGGGCACGUCGCUGGGAUAUAAGCGUAUCAACAGGUUAGACACAGCCGUCGAGACGAGCAGGAUACGUCUUAGCGUCACGCAGGCAAACGCUACGCCGUUGGUUAAUAGCUUCCAGGUUCUUGGUACGCCAAAGAGCUUUUCGUGAUAAUACUAGGGAGAUAAGGGGUAUAGCUUAUUUUCUAUCUUCCUUAUUUUAAAAUGUACUAGCUAGCAUGCCGCGAGAUAUAUAACCGCAACUCUAGCAACCUGGCUCCUCCAUUCCGCAACAAUUUCCUCUGCUUAUACUUAACUUCACCUUCUUUUAACGUCAAGCUGGGCUAGCACACGUGCUAGCCAUGGUAGGAUGUAAUGGGGUAAAAAAGACUAAAAUCGAACAUGCGUGACUUAUUAUAAUGAUGUUUAAAAUGAACAUUUAUUUUUUUUCAUCUCGGGUAAACUUAAGCAUUAACCGUCGAUGUAAUUAAUUUAAGUUUUAUUAUAUAUUAUUAUGUUUUUUUUAUUUA